CAGCUGGUGACAUCCUGCGCUUCCACGCUGUGUACUGGCCCGCCAUGCUCAUGUCUGCCGGCUUACCGCCCCCAACCACUGUGUUUGGCCAUGGCUUCCUCACCAAGGACGGCCAUAAGAUGGGCAAGUCCCUGGGCAACACCAUCGACCCCCAGGAGCUGGUGACCAGCUUUGGCGCGGACGCAGUGCGAUACUUCUUCCUACGGGAGAUCGAGUUCGGCAGCGAUGGGGACUUCUCUAGAGAGCGAUUCAUUAACAUCGUCAAUGCCAACCUUGCAAACACUAUCGGCAACCUGGUGAACCGCACCCUGGGUCUGCUGAAAAAGAACUGCGCCAGCACUCUCAGCAUCGGCUCUGCUGCUCUGCCCCUGGAUCACCCUCUUCGCACCGCCACUGCUGCAUCUAUGGCGACAGCAGCAGCCUGCUACGCGGCUCUUGACUUCAGUGGUGCGUGUGAGGCGAUCCUGGCGCCAGCAGCGGCUGGGAACGGGUUUCUGGAGGAGAGGGCGCCGUGGAGCAAGUUCAAGAAGGGAGGAGAGGAGGCUGAAGAGGCGGCUGCGGACCUGGUGGCGGUGUUGGAGACGGCUCGCUGCGUGGCGGUGGCGCUCUCCCCCAUCACCCCCACUCUCUCCCAGAGCAUCUACACCCAACUGGGCUUCUCUCCUGAACAAUACUCUGCCAUUCAAUGGGCUGACACACAGUGGGGUGGGCUCAAAGCAGGGCAGCAAACAGCAGAGCCGGCACCUGUGUUUGCGAGGAUAGAGCAGGAGGGGGAGGGGGAGGAGGCGGGGGCACAGGCGGGAGGUAAGGGCGGGAAGGGGAAGGGGAAGCCUGCAGGGGGGAAGAAGCAGCAGGGGAAGAAAGGGAAGGAGAAGCCUGCAGAUGUGACAGAGUCUGUGAGCUCUAGUGUCAGCUGAGCCGGACGUGGCAGCAGGUGCACUUGUUUCAAUUGGUAUACAAUUUGAGCUAAGCUCUAGUGCUAGAAUGAGUCCCUGGCAUUCAUUUUGCUGUUUUCACCGUCUCAAAUGCUGCUGUGGAAUGGUGGUCGAGCAAGUGUUGACAGGUGCAAGUUCACUAUUAGUGCUGCAUUAUAUUUUAUAAAUCUGUGUUGGUUUCUACAAAUCAUGCAAGCUGUACUGAGUUCUUGCUUGGGUCGCCCAGUUCAUGUAACAAAAAUCUGGUGUCUAG